AUGGUUGGGCUGGCAGAGUUCUUGGCCACCUCACAGGGAAAAGCGUCAUUCAUUGGCAAAUCACAAGAGGCUUUCGCUAAAUACGCUGCUGAAACGGGAUUGAAUAACACCAUUGGGGACGCUCAAACCUAUUUUCUGGAGGCGCAGACAUACUUGUCUGAGCUUGUUGAAGAUGUGCCGAAUAUGUUUGAAUUCAGCUUGCCAGAGAUGCCUAAUGUCUUUGAUAGUCUUU